AUGGCAGGGCUCAACCUCGGAAAAGUUCUGGGCAAUGAGCUAGUUACAAUAACUAUAGGCAAGGAGAAGCAAAAGUUCACUCUGCACAAGCAGCUGCUAUGCGAGUCUGUGGAAUAUUUUCGCGCGGCCUUCUCAGCAGGUGGAUUUCAAGAGAGCCAUAGUUCCUGUAUGGACAUGCCAGAGGAUGAUCCUGAAGCUUUCGAGCUGUUUGUUCAUUGGUUGUAUCGCGGAGAAGUAAGGAGGGCAACGAAGCUUACGGAUAUCGACCAAUUUCUCAAACUUUACGUCUUUUCUGAGAAGUUUCAAGAGCAACUGGACGGCGUCUGGAGAAACACGUCUUCUACAUCGCCCUUACGCAAAUGGCUCAUUCGUCUACUUGUCUACAAUGUUUGGGACGAUGAAAGAUCCGGUACACCCGAGAAAAAGACAUUUCCGCUGAAUACUGAAGAGCUCAUCUCUUUGUGGCAGCUCUUUAAAGACCACGAAGAUCUUUAUGCGAGUUUCUUUACUCAAUUACAUAAACACCCAGCAGACAAUCCACCACCAUGCCCAUUUGAAUCAACAAUUCAAGGCCUUGUACCUAUCAUCGACAUUCGGAAGGAGAAGUCUGCCAUCUUGAUAGAUCAUAGUUCACCAACUCCACCAUUGCCACCCGAAUAUUGUGCUUCAACCAACUUAAAUAUUUUAAGCGAAUCAAUAAUGUCUCCGCAAGAAGUCUUUAAGAUUGUGACUUCGAGAAAGAAAAAUCCUGACCCAGUAGUAUUAGUCGUCGGCCCAGAGAAAGAAGUAUUCGCAAUCUCCCAAGCCCUUCUCGUCGACUCUAUUGAAUACUUCAGGACAGCCUUUCUCCGGUGGUAG